AUGAAGGAAGCCUUGAGGGAAGAGCAGAUUGGUGAGUUUUUGGAAGCCUUUUGUCUUUUUGACAAAGAUGGAGAUGGUAAGUACGUUUCUAAUUACAUUCAAUCAUCGUUUGUGCAUGUAAAAGGCUGCAUAACCAUCGAAGAAUUAGGCACUGCAAUCAGAUCAUUAGAUGAAAAUCCAACGGUGGAAGAGUUGCAAAUUAUGAUGAGCGAAGUGGAUACGGAUGGCAGCGGAACCAUAGAAUUCGGGGAAUUCUUGAAUCUCAUGGCCAGAAAAAUGAAGGAAACUGAAGCAGAAGAGGAUUUGAAGGAAGCUUUCAGGGUGUUCGAUAAAGAUGAAGAUGGUUAUAUAUCGCCUAGUGAGUUGAGGUGUGUAAUGAUAACUAUUGGAGAGAGGGUGACAGGAGAAGAAUUGGAGCAGAUGGUCAAAGAAGCUGAUUUAGAUGGUGACGGUCUCAUUGAUUAUGAAGAGUUCGUGAGGAUGAUGUUGGCUGUAGAAUAA